AGCAGAGAGGAGUUAGUGCGCGUGAGAGAGAGCGGGUACUGUGAACUGCGUUACUAUGCUACAGUCCUAAUAACCGCACGCUCGGAAGCCAAACGCGCAACACAGAUUGACCUUAUCUUGUUUACAAAGAUAACUGAACAGACUGCUACGUGGAAAGAAAUACUCAUGAGUUGGCCGUGUGGAUUUCAGAGACGUUAUGGAUUUGACUAAAAUGGGUAUGAUCCAGCUCCAGAACCCCAAUCACCCCAAUGCCCUGCUGCACAAAGCUAAUCAGAUGCGCCUGGCUGGCACGCUGUGCGACGUGGUCAUCAUGGUGGACAGCCAGGAGUUCCACGCUCACCGCACCGUGCUGGCCUGCACCAGUAAGAUGUUCGAAAUCCUCUUUCACAGGAACAGCCAACAUUACACUCUUGACUUUCUCUCACCAAAGACCUUCCAGCAGAUUCUGGAGUAUGCCUACACUGCCACGCUCCAAGCUAAAGUGGAGGAUCUGGAUGACCUGCUGUAUGCAGCAGAGAUCUUAGAAAUAGAGUACUUGGAGGAGCAAUGCCUGAAGAUACUGGAGACCAUCCAGUCCUCGGAUGAAAAUGACACUGAGGUCAACAUGAACGAUGGUGGCACAGAAGAUGACGAGGAGCGUAAGGGACGGCACGGAAGGAACCUGGUCGGUUCGAAAAAGCAUUCCACUGAAGAGAGCGGCUAUGUGUCAGCUGCCCAGCAAGCACUUGCGCUGCCAGGUAUGGUGGAUCAGAGUCCCUCAGUCUCCACUUCCUUCGGCCUCUCCACCAUGAGCCCAACCAAAGCAGCCGUGGACAGCCUAAUGAGCAUCGGUCAGUCCCUCCUGCAGAGCACCAUGCACCCUGGCGUGGGUGCUGAACAGCCCUUGCAUGGCAACUCGCACCCCAUGAUGGGAGAAAUCAAAACGGAGAUGAUGCAAGUAGAUGAGAGCGGAGAACAUGAGAGCCCUAAAGCCAUGGAGUCCAUCGCCUCAAGCAAUGGCGAGCGCAGUGGAGAGCCAGACAAGAAUCGUGAUGGGCCUGGUACCCCUACCAGGAGCAGCGUGAUCACCAGUGCCCGCGAGCUGCACUACGUCAGGGAGGAAGGUCUGGGUGAUCAGCAGGCCGAGGUCAGCCAAAUGGGGCUGGAGGCCAUGGCGGGAAUGACCGAAAAACAUUUGGCGUCACUCUACGGCAUUCCUUCUAAUCACAAGAAUGAAGCGAUGCUCUCGAUGCCUGCCUCCAUGGCCUCAUCCUUGCACAUGUCCCCAGCCCUGGCCAUGUCAAUGGACUUCAGUGCCUAUGGGGGCUUGCUGCCUCAGAGCUUCAUCCAGAGGGAGUUCUUCAGCAAGCUCGGCGAGUUAGCUGCAGGGAUGAAGCCUGACGGCCGGAGCCUGAACGAGCGCUGCAAUGUGUGUGGAGCCGAACUGCCUGACAAUGAGGCCAUAGAGCAACACAGCUCCCAGGCGUUGGGUGCUGAUCACUUCCAGGCCUGCACUGGUGGCUGCCGAGUGGUCCUGGAGAGGCUCUGGCUGAGCCCAUUAGCUGCACCUGGAGAGGGGAAUCGUGGGGGAAAACACGCAGCAAACCCCAUGGAUCAUGGAAACGACAUAUACGACUCGUGCCGUGUGCAGACGCGGCCUCACCCAGUCAUUGGUUCUCACAGCUUGGCAGGAUCAGAUAUGGCCAUCUUCUGUUUGCUGUGCGGGAAGCGCUUCCAGACGCAGACGGCUCUACAGCAGCACAUGGAGGUUCACGCAGGCGUGCGCAGCUACAUCUGCAGCGAGUGCAACCGCACAUUUCCCAGCCACACCGCACUCAAGCGCCAUCUCCGUUCGCAUACAGGUGACCAUCCGUUCGAGUGCGAGUUCUGCGGCAGCUGCUUCAGAGACGAGAGCACACUGAAGGGACACAAGCGCAUCCACACCGGAGAGAAGCCCUAUGAAUGUAACGGCUGCGGCAAGAAGUUCAGCCUCAAACACCAGCUAGAGACCCACUACCGUGUUCAUACAGGUGAGAAGCCGUUUGAGUGCAAGCUCUGCCACCAGCGCUCCAGGGACUACUCGGCCAUGAUCAAACACCUGCGCACCCACAACGGAGCCUCACCGUACCAGUGCACCAUCUGCCUGGAGUACUGCCCCAGCCUCUCCGCCAUGCAGAAGCACAUGAAGGGCCACAAGCCUGAAGACAUCCCACCCGACUGGAGGAUAGAGAAGACUUACCUCUACCUCUGCUACGUCUGAAGCGGCAGGCGGGCGAGCCAGCCAGGGGGAGGGACGGGAGUGGGAGGGCCAAGGGGUAAAAGCGCCUGGAAACACAGUCAGGAAAUGGAUGGAUUUAUCAGAAGGAGGCAAGGUGGAGCGCGAACGGACAGGAACUAACAAAAAAAAAGCAGAAAUCUUACCCGUCAGUAUCGCAAAAACUGCAUCACGUUAUAAUCAUUUUUGUCUGAAUCAUAUGGGAAGCUCACUGUCUACACAACGGCUUACAUCCCAGAUGUUAGACAUCAUUCAAACAACACACACUUCAUUGAUUCCUCCUUUUAGUAAGGACGCCCUCUUCUGGUUCACGAUAGAGAUGCAGUGUUUGUUUAUCUCUGACUGAUCGGCCUGAUCGCAGCACUUAGAUCCGUCAGGUACUUCACAGCAAAUGUGAACCGUCAAGCAAACUGGGACUAAAGUGAAUGAAAAAAAACAGUCUGCGUGUAGAUCCCUCCCAUAUGAUUCACUUUCAUUAAGGGCUUAUUGGUUUAACCAGCAUACAAAUCAGCUAAGCUCUCAGUACUCAUGUCAUUUUUCACUUUUCUUAUUUUCGUUAAGCUCUCAAUUUAAUAGCGCGCAUUACAAGCUAACUUCACGACGACAGUUUUUGUUGGAUAACACGCACACUGUAUCAGUUAUCUCCUCCUUUGCUUCGAAAAUCAGUUAACCGUCUGAAACGAGUAACUUGGCAAUACAUCCAGAACAUCCAUUACACACUAGACAUCUAAUUAACUGUUUAUGCUGUUGUUAUAGAGACCAAAAUGAUGACUGAAGCUGCUUUUGUUGGGUGGCUUGUAGACUGAGUGCCACUGUGACGUACAUAUCCGUGUGUUCAUGAGGCUCGGCCUGUCCAGCCGGGGACGCUGGGAUUGAAAGAACAGAGCAGAUCCACUCUUUCGGUUUGGUUCCUUUUGCUUUGUCCGUGUUUCCUAUUAUACCUUGAUUUACUUCAGCACAUCGUACUUGAAUUACCUCGUUUCUUGUUUUUGUUUUUUUUGUGACCUCAUGUGCUAGUGUUUUAAUUUUUCCUUUGUAUAUUUGAUUGUUUGCCGUGCGUAUGUCUUUGGAGAAGUGACGUGUGCUUUUAAGUACUUAAGAAAUUAAGUGCCAUGGUGAAGAGAGAUUAUUUGUCUUGUUUUUGUUUUAUUUUUGUUUCUUUCUUUGCAUUAAUCUUACCAAAUUUGGUAUUAUUGUUUAUACUAACCCUGCUUGUUAAAGAGCUGGUGGGUUUGGUCAUUUUUUUAAGCUACCUCUAAGUUUUGUUGUGUUUCGUUUGCAAAAGCACAUUGUGUUUAGCAUUAUUGCAACUUCAUCUCACGCUUUCAAGUGUUGUAUAUGGGAAGCGAUGAACAUGAAAGGGUAAGAUUUGCUUAUAGGAAAGGUGGGUUAAAAAAUAAUAAUCAUAACUUUCCCUGUCAGUCCCCCCACCUCUGUAAAUGUUACCUUAAGAUCAGAUAAGAGAUUUCUGAAGCCUUAAGUUCGGGGUUGGAGUUGAUCUGGGAGGUGCGUAUGGAACAAGUGAAGUCUGAAAAAUAAAAGAAUAAAAAACAACAACGUUAAACUUGAAAAUAUGUGAAUAGAAUUGUAGUUUUGUAAUGUGAAAAAAGAGGUUCGCCUAGCGCGAGCCAACGAGAACAGGUCAUAUGCAGCAGUGCAUUGUGCGUUGGACAAUUGGGACUGCAAGUGGUAAUCAAAGAGGAAAGGAAGAUAAAAAAAAAAUGAAAAUAAAAUCCUGUCAGUUGACAUGUUUCUUUGUAUGAGUGUAGUCCUGAGCAAGAGCCAACAGAGGCCAUUUGAUAUAUAAAAUUGUGAUAUUUUUGUAUUAAGUGUCAGUCCCUUUUUCCAUUUGUUGAGGUUGCAGCGGGGCAAAACUUUGUAGUUCAUUUUUUAUAUCAUUAUUCUCUCGUUUGAAUCGUUUGCCUUGCUCUUCUUCGGUAAUAAUGUUGGACAGUGCGUGAUCCUAUAGUGGUAAAUGUUGCUUUCUGGAUGUCAAUACAUUGCAGGUGAAGGACUAAAUCAGCCACAUUCUCCUUUGUGAAAAUAACAAAUGAAAAAAAAAAAAGAUGUGAUGCCAAUGAUCGAUUCCAUUGCACACGAGAUCUCAAACAAAACAAUCAUCGUUGCCAACGUUUUGUUUUUUUCUUUACUUGAAGUGACUAAAAGAAGGGAUGGGAGGACGCGUCAAAGGAAAUGUAAUUGUCGUGUGUCUUGCCGUUGUUUUCUGGAAAACACUGUGAGUUUUUGGGCAUCCUUUGCCUCCUGUGAGAAUUGAAAAACUAGUAGCUCCAUGAAAAAAGGCAGAAAUAUUAUAUAUUUUGUUCUGUAAAUGGAUAAUGUCGACUGAUGUUAAAUGGGUAAAACAGAGUUUUGCAAUAUGUGGCAACAAUACGAGAUAUUAAGUCACAUGCUAGUGUAACUUUGAUUUUGUACUUUGCUUUGAGAGUGUGUGUGAGAUCAGAUGAGUGCGUGUGUGUGUGUGUGUGCACAUUAGUGUCAAAUGCACUAAUUUGAAAGUCGUUCUAUGCCACUUUUUCUCUCACCGUGAUUAAAAAAUAUUGGCAUUGAUAUAGUUCUUCCCUCAAUGUUCUUCUGAUGUUUCUGUAAUAUCUUUGUGCCUAAAUGAAAUUGUUCAACAAAUUGUCCAAAUAUAUCUGCUUAGUUUCUGUAUUUUCAAGAAAAUUAUUGGUGUCUUCAGGGCUCCAGGGGUGCCAUGAUGAUCUCGAGUCAACUUAUUUUGUUUUGAGUAAUAAAUGUUUGAUCCAUUUUUAGUGGCUCCACUGGCCAGCGAUCAAAUGCAGCAGUAUUGUAGUGUUUUAUACACGCUUUGAAAAGACAAGCCAAACAUUCCUUGGAUCGGAAUAUGUGCGUUUUUCACAAUGAAUUGUAAUCCUGCUUUGAGGGGAAAAACUUAAUGUUUGAGAAUCAAACUUGCUUUCGUUUCCUUUUUUUCCUCCUUUACCUUCAGCAACAGGUUUGCUGAGUAAACCAUUCAACAACGUCCCUUUAACAUUCGGAUUGUUGAUGCAUUUGUUGUUUAAAGUACUUAUGUUAAAGAAAGCUGUCAUCAUUGCAUCCCUGGAGUGGCUCACUGUGUUCCAGUGUGGUGUUUAGAAAGAGUAGCCAUUUCAUGCUGUGUUGCCAUGCAUGUGCCAUUGAGGCCAAAACUAAACUGUUUCAGUAACAAAGCACCAAGACGUUGUCUUUUUUUUAUAUAUAUUAGCACUGAGGACCAAUUGCCCUGUCGGACCAAGCAUAACAAAGCUUUUUAUGUAAUAAAGCGGUUUCUCGUCCCCCUUUCUCUUUCUGUACUGUAUCCUCGUCUCCUUUCCUUGGCUUGUCUGUACUUUCCCCUCUUGUGACAGCACAAGUGCCAGUCCUGUUGCUCUUUAAGAAUAUAGUGUUUUGUUUUUGGGGUUUUUAUUUUUGUUUGUUCUAUUAUUAUUAUUUUAAUUGUUGUAGUUACGUCUACCUCAGCACCUAAUCUUAGCCUAAUCUUAGAAGGUGCCCAAUUUUUUUUUCUGUUUUGUUUGUUGUCAAUUGUAUAAAAAACGUUAAUUUGCAUUAGAGCUUUGCAACGGUCCUUUGUCUUUUCCAGCAACAUGCUAUUUUUUGUAGCACCACUUUCUGGAUGUCGUGCUACAGAUAUUGGCAUCAGUUUCCUGAUGUAGUCUUUCUUUUGGUGUAGGAUCAGACACAUCUCUUUGUAACAUUUCAGUGUUCUCUGAUGGAGUGUGAAAAAAAAUAAAGAAUUUAAAGAGA